UCCACGUAAACAAACCCUCCUUCAGCCUGCGAGUUGGAACAUUUUGACCAUUUAUGAACAAAUUUCUCACAAUGUCUAAACGUAUUGGUGCAGUUCUGAUCGAUCUGAGUGGAACCAUUCACGUAGAGGAUGCUGUUAUCCCAGGUUCCAUUGAAGCUCUGAAAAAGCUAAGAGCAACUGAUAUCAAAAUCAAGUUUGUUACAAACACAACCAAAGAAUCCAAGAGAAAACUACAUGAACGACUAACUAAAAUAGGGUUUGACAUUCACAAAGACGAAAUAUUCACAUCACUAACUGCUGCCCGUCAGCUGAUAGACAAGAGAAAUUUGCGGCCAUACACGCUGAUUGCAGACGCAGCCGAAGAGGAAUUUUGCGAUCUUCCCUCUGAAAAUCUCAAUGCAGUUCUGGUUGGGUUAGCUCCUGAGAAGUUUAAUUAUGAACAUUUAACAACAGCAUUUAGAUACAUUUUGGAAGGAGCUCCACUAAUAGCUAUACAUAAAGCACGCUAUUAUAAGCGAAGCGAUGGACUGGCUUUGGGUCCUGGAGCCUUUGUAGCAGGAUUAGAGUAUUCAACAGGAUGCAAGGCAGAGGCAGUGGGAAAACCAGAGGCGACAUUUUUCAAGAGUGCGCUCGAGGACCUAGGUUGUGAGCCGGCUGAAGCUGUGAUGAUUGGUGAUGACGCUCGCGAUGACGUGUGUGGAGCUAUGCAAACUGGCCUCUAUGGGAUCCUUGUUAAAACGGGCAAGUAUAGGGCCGGAGAUGAGGACCUUGUCGACCCCAAACCUACCUUUGUGGCGGACGAUUUUGCCCACGCGGUUAAUCACAUCGUUGAGUCCUUUACAAUGAAGCAAUAGCGUGUGAUUUUUUUUUUUCUUUAAUGUCCUUUUUUUUUUCUUUUAUUCCGUAAAAAUGAAUUUCAGUUGAAUUACCUCAUGUUUUAUUCCUCAGUAUUUUUUUUUAUAAUUUUUGUAUCUUUUAAUGUUGUUAUUUAAUCUGCAAUUAAUUUAUUACCAGUAUAAAUGUAUAAUGUAUAAAUGUAUAAAUGUAAUGUAUUACCAGAGGCAAGACAGGAAUUUAAUGCGAAAAGACAGUCAAAAGAAAAUUUCUGGUUAUUUAGGAAUUGUAGAAAAGAAUAUGCUUGAAAUAUUUAUGGCAGAACCACUUAAUGUAUUCCAAUUAUAAUUUAUCUUCUUAUUACCUAAUAGCAUUCUGACAGUUAGUUUAUUAUUAUUAUUGUAUUCAUCAUAAUGGCAUUAAUAAUUUUUUUUAGUUACUGUUGCUGAUUUCCUAUUGAUGUUAUUAUGGUUCUAGAUUUUUGUCAUAAAAAAAAAGUGAGAUAUAAAAAAAAUCAUUUGUUGUAUAUAUCAAUGAAUUUUAUAUCAAACUGCACAAAUAUAUUGUACAUUACAUU